AGGGUUCUCAACUCCUUGAACCCAAAUCGUAGACGGAUCUGUGUCGGCGUAUAUAUUUCUUAAUCUCUGCGAAAUUUGGCAGCCUGCAAAUUAAAGCCACCGGCUGAAUUGGAAACUCAAGAGAAAGAGACGAAGUAGGAAUUUACAGUUGAAGAAAGAUCGAUGUCGAUAAUACUUCCUCAAGCGCUACUCUCUGAAAUACUUUCCCGACUGCCGGUGAAGUCUUUAUUGCGCUUCCGGUGCGUUUCCAAGGCAUGGUUGGCCCUAAUCAAAGACCCAACUUUCAUCAACAUCCAUCUCCACAACACCAGAGAACGCAAUCUCAUUGUGCAGACACGGAACGUUGAUCAGAAUGAUCAGCUGCUUAAUCUCAAAUACUACUCGGUACCUGUAAACUUCUCGGAGGAUCGGCCGGUGGAGGUAUUGCCGCCAUUCUAUCGUCCUGAAUAUUCAUUAUCUUUCUACAAAAUCAUUGGCUGUUGCAAUGGCUUGGUUUGCUUCCGCACUUAUGAUAAAGAGAAAAUUGUGAUUUGGAACCCAUCAAUCAGAAAAUACAAGAAAUUACCCUUUGAGCCAGUUAAAUUUGGGUACCCUAUAGAAAAUUUUGCAUUCGGGUAUGACUCUGUCAACAACGAUUAUAAGGUUUUAAAGAUUAUGGAAUUAUGUGAAGUUAAUGUAUAUAGUCUGAAAGCACAUUCUUGGAGACGAGUAGAAGACAAAUGGCCUUACAAGGACUCGAGUGUUUUUGGUAAGCCGAUUUAUUUUAACGGUACUUUGCUUUGGUUGGUUAGGAAUGUGACAAACCGGAUCCGCCUUCUCGCAUUCCAUCUCACCACCGAGAAAUUCGAAGAGCAAACUCUUCCGGUUCAACCCCGGGCGAUUAAAACUUUGGAGGUUUUGGAGGGAUCGAUAUGUGUUUCCGCAUAUAGACCGGACGCCCAAUGCAUUGAGUUUUGGAUAAUGAAGGAGACUAGUUGGAGUCAGCUUUGUACUUUGCCUGUUCCUCUGAAUUUGCGAUACAACAAGCGUCUGAUGGAGAUGGGGAUAGGGAUACAGUGGCGAGUAGUGUGCUCAACCGACGACGGCGAAAAGGUUCUGAUGGAGAUGGAUAACAACAAUAAUGUGAAUUUCUUUUGGUAUGAUAUAAAGAAGAAGACAUACAGUAAUGCCCUCGCACAUAUUGGCGACAAGACUUGGCUAGGGACUUGUGUCGGAAGCCUCUUUCUCCUCGAUGGUGAUAGUGUUUGAUUGACCAAUUCAAUGCAUAGCCUUGUGUUACACUUUGUGUUUUCUUUUGAUUGGAUGUUUAGGAUCCAUUGAAGCAUCCUUAAUUUUGUUGGCGCAUGGUUUUAUGUUUUAAUGGGUCGUUGUUGUCAUUAAAUUUUUAAUAUAUAUUUUUCAUGUGGUUGGUGUU